AUGGAAGUAUUACCCGCAGGUUUUUCUGAUUUUCGAAGUAGAGAAUACUGGAAUAAUUUUUUCCAGGCGUUUGAUAAAAAAAAUUUUGAAUGGUAUGGAUCAUACAAAGACAUAAAAAAUAUUAUAUAUGAGUGUAUAAGAAAGAGACUAAGUUAUUGUGAUGGUGAAAAUGGGGAUGCUGGUGUUAUAAGUCCACGAAAACAUGAAGAAGGCAAACAAAAUUUGAAAAACGAAGGAGUUAACAAAAAUUGCUUAUUAGUAAAUAUUGGGUGUGGUAAUUCAAAUUUGAGUUAUGAAUUUUUUGAAGAUGGAUUUGAUAGCAUUAUAAAUAUAGAUUAUUCAGAUGUGGUUAUUAAUAAAAUGAAAAAUAAAUUUGGUAAAAUGAUGGAAUUUAUAAACAUUGAUAUAAAUAAUAAAGAAUGCUUUGAAAAUUUUUUGGAAAGUUUAGAUAUUGAAAAACAACAAAAAAAAAAAAAUUUCAAAAUAUUUUUUGAUAAAGCUUUUUUAGACGCAUAUAUAUCUGGUGAUGAAAGUGAAGAAGAAAUUUGUAAAAAUAAUGCAAAGAAUUAUUUUGAAUCUAUAUUUAAGUAUAUGAAUGAAGGUGAUAUAUUUAUAAUAAUAACAUUAGCUCAAUAUUAUAUAAUUAAAGAAGUUGUUAGAAAUAUAUAUAAUGCAGAUAUAAAACUUGAUGUAAAUCCAUUUCUGAUAAAAAAAAAUACAAAUGAAUUUAGAUAUCAUCCAUUUGUUUUUUCCUUUUAUAAAACAAAUAUAAAAUUAAAAGAUUAUACUAUGAAGUUAUGUGAUUUUGAAAAUAAGGAUUCUAAAAUUAUAUCUUUAUGGAAAUUACCUCAUGAAAUACGUCAGAUUAGAGACAAUUUAAAUCUUCAUUCAUUUAAAAAAGGAAAGAGAAUAAUUCUAGAUAUAUAUAAUCAAAAUAUAAACAAAUGUGAAUAUAAUAUUAUUGUUUACGAUUCUAAUGUUCUUAAACCUGUGUAUAAUACAGUCGUUAUAGUUGUCCCUUUUGGCUACGAGUUUCAUUCAUUAUAUUCAACUUCUGAAGGGAAUGAAGAAUUAGCUACAAAAAUUAAAGGAAAAAGGCUAUUACUCGUGAUGCGGUCUAAUUUUAUAAUAAAUGAAUCUAUUAAUGGUGGUGAAAUAAACAAUACACUUGAAUCUAAUGAGAAAAGGGAAGACAAUUCAAAUAAUCUAUUAAAUGGAAGUGACAAUACUAAAAAUAUUCAAAAUAAUAAAAAUUCUUUAGUUAGCGAAAAUAAAAUUUCUAAUUCAAAUCCUUCGAAAUUCUCUGCGGAUACUUCUAAUGCUUCAAAUUUAUAUGACGGUAUCCUCGAAAAUCAAGAUUCAGUUUCUAUCCUCUUAAAAUCCGUUAAAAACGAACUAAAUAAAAUAAUAAAUGAACUUGCUCUUCCUAACUCUAAAAAUUUUCCCAUAAUGGCUUUAAAUGAAGACAUUAAAAAUUACAAAAUUAUAUGUCAUGAAAAAUCAAACUACUGCUCUAAUAUUAUAAUAAGAGAUGUACUAGUCACAGACGAAUUUAUUUCUGAUAAUUUUGAAACAUCUGAAGAUAAUAAAACAAAGAAAAAUGGAAAAAAUAAGAAAAAAUCAACGGCAAAAAAUAGUACCAAAAAUCCAAGUAAUAGUGAAAAGGGGAAUAAUAAUGUAGGGUGUGAAGAAAAAAAUAAUAAAAUAACCUAUGAUGAUGCUAAAAAACUUGCAAUUGAACUAAUAAAAAAAAAUACAGAAGAAAAAAAAAAAUAUUUCCAAAAUAAAGAAAUUUAUAAAAGACAAAUGAUAUUCUCUUAUGAUCCAUUAACUGUUCAAUCUGAAAUAAUAUAUACAAAAGAGAAAAAAAAAACAAACAAAUUAAAUGAACAUGAAAAAAUAGUUUUUGAAUAUAUUGAAUCAUCAAGUCAAUAUCAUGUAAAUUUUUGUUGUACCUUUUUUCUCUUUAUACUAAAUAAUUGUUAUGCUAAAGAUAACAAUUUAAUAAAUAUAUGUAUAUUAGGAGGAGGAACAAAUGUGCUUUCGAAUAUUAUUAAAUCGAUUUUUUGCGAUUUUAAUUUAAAUUUUAAUAUAGUAGAAAUUGAUGAAACAGUUCAAAAAUUAUAUAAAUUUUUUCAUGAUAAAGAAGAAAUUAGUAAUGACAAACAUGUGACAAGUUAUAUCAUAAAUGAUUCUUAUGAAUAUAUAAAAAAUUUUAAUCAUCAAAAAUAUUAUGACAUCAUAUUUGUAGAUAUGAAUAAUUCUGAAAAUUCAUACUUAAAUAUAAAUGGACAAAAACUGUACAUAACUUGCCCACAUAUAAGUCUUUUAAAUAAAGAUGUCAUUACGGGUAUUAAAAAUAUUAUAAAUGAAAAAGGAGUUUUAGUGAUUAAUUUACUAACUAGAGAUAGCAAUGCUAGAAAAUAUGUGUAUCAAUUUUUGAAGGAACUCUUUUCAUCUGUAAUUAGUAUAUCUUCUGCAAAUAAAGAAAUUAAUGAAGUAUUGGUUUGCAGUCCGAAUGACAUAAAAGAAGAAAACAUUUUCGACUUUAAAAUGAAUAUAAUGAAAUGGAUACGAUGUAACCACAAUAGAUGGUUUUUAAAUUUCGACUUGGGGAGCUUCUUAAAUAAUAUCACGAUUUUAUGA